UCCCUACCCUGUGGGUCAGGUUCGGCCUCCUAAGCUUAAAGGAGAACUUUGACUUUCAGCAAAGUCCGGGGCCCACGCCGAGGGCAUAUGGUAGCAACAGGCACAGUGUCAUAGAUGGCCUACAUAACUGCAAUGUUGAUGAGGGACCUGGAAUGGGGAGUGUCAGUGCUUUUAAAUAUCCCCCCCCCUCUAUUUUUUGCCUCCUCUAAAGCCCUCAAAGAAGUGGAAAUCAAAUGACAAGGGAAGAGAAACCUAUCUCUUUGACAUCUAGUGAGUGGUUUGUAUCUGAAUCACCCAAGUGACUCAAAGUCCCAGAUUCAGGAAACCAGAAACAAUCAUGAAAAUACAUUCUCACUGGAGAAAAGGCACUAACAGAGGAAGAGAGCAGUAGACAAGUGCCUUUGAGGCUGAAUAAGCCUGAAGUCCAAAGCUCAACAUUCACGAAAGGAUUUUUUUUUCAUUCUAAGUUAACAGAGUCGUGUUCUGAUCAAGGAACCAUAUCCCAUCAGACACCAUGCGGUGUUCCAUCAGGCGUGGCAUCAUAACCUCAGUGGGCAUCGGAUUCCUGUGGUUCUUCAUCACUUUGAAAGUCCCCAGGGAAAUUGAAGAUGAUCAAAACAUGAUGGCUUUCAAAGGCCAAGUAGCAACCCCUGCUCUCAAGGAGGACAAUUAUGGCAAAAGAAGAGACCUGAGCCUGAUGGAAGCCUGGCAGAAUCAUACCUUCCAGUAUAUUAAGACAAUUCAGCAGAGAAGAAAGACAUGGCUGACAGUGGGGAUCUCCUCAGUGCCACGACCAGAUCAAAGCAGCCUCUUGUACACCCUGGUCUCCCUGUUCCAUGCUUCCUCUAAGACUGAGCAGAAACGUCUCACGGUCCUGAUUCACCUGGCACAUUCUGACCUCUCCUGGCUCAAAGAAACUGUUGCCCAUAUUUCAACCCUCUUCAGCACACAGAUCUCAGCAGGGCAGUUGCUACUGAUUCAUGCUCCCUCUGAUGCCUACCCCACCAUGGAUGCCAUGAGGAAGAAGACCCACAAUGGGGAAUUCUACUCCAGGCAGAAUAUAGAUCAUGCCUUCCUCAUGAGUUUUGCCGCAAAGCUCUCUGAAUACUUCCUGUUAUUGGAGGACAAUGUCCAUUGUGCCUCCAGCUUUAUCACCCACAUUCAUCGGAAGGUGGACGCCAUGAGGUCCAACCCCUGGGUGUUACUGGAGUUCUCUAAUAUGGGCUUCCUUGGCAAACUCUUCCACAGCAGGGACCUCCCACUUCUGGCUCAUUUCCUCCUCCUCUUCUACAAGGAAAAGCCCCUUGAUGGGCUGAUCCCCCACUUCCGUACCCUCCUAGCUCAGAAAAACCCAAUCCUCUGCAGACCGUUCCUUUUCUACAACAGGUUCUCCUACUAUACCUCUAAUGACAGCCAGAAGGCCACAUCAUUUCGGAAAAAGAACCCCUAUGGUCCUGACAACCCACCUGCAGCCAUUUUCACCAAUAUGAAGGUUUUUGAUGUUCAUUUCCCCUGGGAGGCCUACACUCUGGAUGAGUCAUUCUUCUGGACCCACGAUGUUAGUGCAGGGAACCACCUGACAGUCAUUUUGAACCAUCCAGCGAAUUUGAGCAGAGUGCAAGUGUUGACAGGCACCAUUGUGGAUGGAAAGCAUGCCCUGGAGAAGGGGCAAGUGGAGCUGGGCUAUGACCCUGAGGGAAUGCCUCAAUACUGUACCAGCUUUGCCUUGCUGGGCCACCUCUUGGAAGGGCAGAUGAAUCAGGAGAUUCUCAACAGUAUGGGGUACGAUGUAAGCUGUGUAAGGCUGGUGGUGAAAGCUAAUCAGGUUGGCGGUCUCAUAAUCAGGCAUAUUUACCUCUGGGAAGAAAAUUCCAAAUAUAUGGAAGCAGCUCAGAGUUGGAUGUGAAAAAUUAAAGUCUUGAAGCUGUUCCA